GCGAGAAGAAAUAGCCCACCUCUGAUCAUCAGCGCGUCAUAUAAUGUUUCAGCCGACGCCCCUCCCCCUGUCUCGUUUUCUCCCCUCACUCAACCUCUCCUUUGACUCGCAGAGGCUGCUCAGCACCGGCGCACGGCUCGCGGAGGACACGGCGAAGAAGAUGGCUGACUCUGCCGGGCACUGCCAGCUCCCGGCGGCAUCCCCGGCGUCACUCGAGCCGCUGAAGAGCCGCAGGACCUCCGCCGUGUGGAGGCUGUAAACAGCUGCUGCUCCCCCCCCCUCUCUCUCCCUCUCUCUCUCUCUCACACACACACGCGCGCGUCCCUCCUCCUCCUCCUCUUCUCCCCUUCCUCACCGCAAAUAUUGACAGAAGUAUCAUAGAGAAAACAUGGCAGAGAUGGAAAAAGAGGGCAGACCUCCGGAAAAUAAAAGAAGCCGCAAGCCAGCGCACCCGGUGAAAAGGGAAAUAAAUGAAGAGAUGAAGAGUUUUGCAGAGAACACCAUGAACGAGUUGCUGGGUUGGUACGGCUAUGACAAGGUGGAGCUGAGGGACGCUGACAACUUGGAGAUUGGAGAGAUGCCGCAGCACAUCUCAGUGCUAAAAGAAAACUCCUUGCCAAAAAUCCCAGGUUCAACAGAGAGCAGUGAGGGCUCUCCCGAUAGAGCCAACAGCUCCCUGUCCCUGCCAAACUCAAGAAAUGGAGUCACUGAGCCAUCCAGCACUCCAUCCACCUCCACGCCAAGCAGCAGGGAGCAUGGCAACAUGCCAGUCAUGGUCCCCAUGAUCCCUCCACCGCUUAUCAAGCCACCUGCAGAUGAAGAUACAUUAAAUGUGCAGAUAAUGUGCGCUUGGUGCCAGAAGGUUGGCGUAAAACGCUAUUCUCUGAGCAUGGGGAGUGAGCUGAAGAGCUUCUGCAGCGAGAAGUGCUUUGCUGCCUGCCGCAGGGCCUACUUCAAGAGAAACAAGCUGGGAUAUAUAAGGAAUUAUACAACGAGAGACGACUGCAGCCUUGGAGGGAAAUUACCCCGGCACGUCUUAACUCGGGACGCCCCCCGGCUUGUCUUCAAGACAAACAGCGAUGUUCUUGUAUGUGACUGGUGCAAACAUAUUCGCCACACUAAGGAGUACUUGGACUUUGGUGCUGGUGAGCGCAGGCUGCAGUUUUGCAGUGCCAAAUGCCUGAACCAGUAUAAAAUGGACAUUUUCUACAAGGAAACCCAAGCUGCCCUGCCUGGAGCCCUUUGUAACCCUGUACAUGGAGCUGGAGGGGAGGGUAAACCAGAUUGCGGUGGAGGGGUACAACUGCUGACUCCUGAAUCCUGGGGAACUCCACUAACAGAUCUUCGGCGUAAAGCUCCUUCACCAGCGGGCCAUUCCAGCGCCUCUGCCUUGGUCUCUUCAACUUCUUCUGCUACAUCACCAUCGGAAACAGUCGCAGUCAUUUCCCCUUCCUCAUCUACUUCAGCCAAAAUCCCCACACCUAGACCUCACGAAAGCCCAACACUUCCCCCACCAUCUGUUCCUUUACACCCACCAGUGGGAGUUCCCUCAGGUAGUCCUCCCAUGGUGAUGACACCCAGAGGACCCAUGCCCCUGCCUCUGUUCAUGGAACACCAAAUGAUGCAGCAGAUCCGACCACCGUUUCUUCGCCCCUCUGGCCAUCCUGCAGGGCCUAACAGCCCACUCUCAAACCCCAUCAUCCCUGGGAUUGGUCCACCACCUCCCCCAAGAAAUCUUGGUCCAGCAUCAAGUCCCAUGCACAGGCCCCUCUUGUCUUCCCAUGUACACCAUUCAUCCAAUCCUAAUCCAGGUAUGAUGCCACCUCACCCUGGCCUACCCAUGCCAGGACUCCCGCCUUUUCCUCCUGUCAAUAUGAUGCCCAACGGACCCAUUCCUUUUCCCCCAAUGAUGAACUUUGGCAUGCCAUCGUUAGCCCCAUUGGUACCCCCGCCAACUCUCUUGGUCCCUUACCCUGUCAUUGUACCUCUCCCAGUUCCAAUACCUAUCCCAAUUCCAAUCCCUUUUAACUCAAAAACAUCCAGGGACAAACCAGAGAGCAGCAGUUCUUUACACAGUGCUCCAGAUUCUUCAGAAGCUUCAUCCUCUCGGCCUCAUUCUCCAAGUUCUUCUGGAAGUGACAAAGGAGACCACAGGACAGAGUCAGCUGGUGGAGAACAGGUUUCUCCUGUACCUGGUGAGAGAAGCAGAACGGCAUUCAUGGAUUUGGCCCUGAAGGCAGAAGAUAAUCCAGGCAGUCUCUGUGUUUCCAGUGGCCCCAAACUGAUUGAUGGUGUAAUUGAUCUAACUGUUGGCCAAAAACCAGGCCAAAAGCAGCUUAUUCACACCCUUCUAGCUGGAGUCCAGGUCAAAGUGGAGGAAUCUAGAUCCCCACCGGCUGAUGAGUUUGGGAGGGAAUUCAUAGACAAUAGUGUGGAGGACUCUCUUUUACCACAGGGCAGUUUUACAGAACUGGAAGCAGGCGUACACCAUAAUUCAUUGGACCCUGCAGCUCUGCUUUCCAGCAAAACUGAUCUUCAAGACAGUCAAUUAAAUUCUAAUUUUAAAGUUGCACCCUUACAUACUCCAGUAAGGACCCAGUCCUUAGCCCUUCCCCAGUUUCAAGCUAACCCUGCUACCCCUUGUAAUGUAAUUGUCAAUGGCACUGGAUGGCAUUCCCUUCUAAAUGCAGACCGGAAAGGAGAAAGCGAGGGUAAGGACCUGCAAAAUAAUAGUGAUCUAGAACAUGAGGCACUGAAAGAAAACAAUUGUUCAGUGGUUGAGGCAGGGAAACGAAUAUCAGCACAAGAUGAGAAAUUGGACACAAAAGUGGACAGUAAGCCAGACCCCGACUCCAGCACGGAGGAGGGUGAACACGCCUACGCCCUGCCACUGCUCUCAGCCGGAGGUUGUGUCGUCAUCCAGCCUGUGCCAAAGCCUGCCGCGGAUAAGACGGCCAUCCUGUCCUGCUCCAUAAGUGCACCACUGUCAGCAGGUGGGAGCCCUGAGCUGGAGCCGCCACUGAAGAGGAGGUGUUUGCGAAUCCGCAAUCAAAACAAAUGAGAUGGAUGCUCUGAUAACCGCAGUGCGACUCACCCGUCUCCCCCAACCUCUAAAUCCCAUCCCUCCGAGCUGCACCACCCCUUAUAUUGUCACACAAACACGUAGGUUGUCGUCACCUCACCAUCUACCAGCACUACAAACCGCCUUUCAAGCCUGAUGCGGAAUCCCGAAAAACUAAACAAUGUGUAUCAUAGCAGAGCAGAGCAGACAGGGCUCCUCCUGCCUGUGGUUCAGCUCCUUUGGGGGCCAAGUUUUAUACCUAAGGGACAUUUUGGCCAGCAGGACCACUUGGCCUUUAAACCGAGACAGUAAAUUCUUCCAACAGGAGGAUUAACAGGCCGUCACCCCCCCCGCUGCUUCUCUUGUUAUUUAAAGAUUCAUUCUGCUCUCUGUCUGUGCUCAGCACAUGCACUCUAUAUAUUUUAGUUUUUUUUUUUUACUAAGGAGCAUUCUGUGAUUAAGUUAAAGUGGAACCAGGGGAAAGCUUAAAAACAUGAUAAAAAUACAACCGAGGUACUAAAAAAAUGGUGUAUUUAGUUUGAUCCUUUCUAAAUCUGGAUCAUGGCAUACAGACGAAUGUAUCACUCAGUUAAUGCAGUAAUAACUGAGCAGUUUAACUUGAAGGCUUGAAAUUGCCCCUCAAUAAAUAUAUUUAUUUAGCUGUUUGUUUAUACAAAAAGAUCAAUAUGAUGAGAUGAGUAUGAUACAAGUCAUUAGGAAUCAAAUCAGGAAAUACGUGCUAGCUAUUGUAGUUAUUUAUCAAACCCCACAUCUUGUUAAAUAGCUAAUAAUUCAGGUAAUAAUGGUCUAAUUGUCAGUUUGAAAUAAGAAAAAAAAAGUCCAAGAAGAAAGCGCAAAAAAAAUGGGACAUUGGUUUUUUUAUCUUCUUUGGUUCCUGUCGUCUUUAAAACUAUUAUUAGCUGAUUAUUUGUUCCUAUUACACAAUGGCCAACUAUCCUUUAAUAAUCAUUACCUUGAUAUUCAGGACUUGGCUUCAUUUCUGGAAAAUGCAUCAGUAGCUAAACACUAAUUGUUCCAUUUUCUCAUUUCUAUCUCUCCUGUUAGAAAAGGAUUAUUACCUAACCUUUGCAAAUCGGUGACUGUGUAAAAAGACAAUAACUUCAGUGGUAGCUAUAACUGCUAUUAACAUUUGAACAUGAAAUUCACCAAAGGAGUCCACAAUACAGCUUAGGGGCCAUUUGAAGCCCAGGGAAUAAUGAUAAUAACUGGAGUUCAAGAACAGUAUAAGUUUGACCCACCAGCAAUUGGAGCUGAUAUUUAUGAGGAAGAUAUCUUCAAUUUUUAAUUUAGCUUUCAUUUUGUGUAAAUUUUAUGACCCAAAUGAUUUUUCUUCUAUCAUCCAUGUUUUCCCUAUAAUAAUUCUGCAAAUAUUUCCUUUAAAACAAAUACAUGUUCACUAAAGUUGCCUAAAUACAGGAAGGUUUUUUUUUUAAAUUGAUAAUCUUUUCUAAGAAUCUUUCUGAGAGACCAACAAAAUAAAAUCUGUGAACCCUACCUUUAUCAAGAAAAUAGCUCAAGGAAAAGUUUGAGUGAAAUGUUGCAUGUUUAUUUUGUUGCAUACCAGGUAAAAAGAAAAUAAUUUACAAUAAAUUACUUUUUAUAAUAAAAGAGCAUUAUUACCCGUAAGGAGCAAUGGAGUCAACAUUUGUGGUCUAGGAUGCCAAAAGUUUGGAAAAAACUGAAUUAGUCUGUAGCAGCUUUUGAGUCAAUAACUAGAGGUUAAUAAGCCCUUUAUGCUUUCUGCUUUAUUUUUAUUUUUUAUAUUCCAUAUAAAAAAAAAAUUAUAUGGCGUAUAAAUCAAUGACAAAUUCAUAGCAUGCAAUCUUUCUAGAUUAUGCUAAACCGACUUUACCAACAUUUGACAAAAAUGUUCUUAUCACUGCUUAUAUAUUCUCUUUUUCUAUCUGUCAUGUUACAAAAAGAUCAUUAACUCAUCUCAUCCAAAUCAGCAUCUGCUUUAAAUAUGUCAACUUCAAAUCUGGGUGUCAGUUAAGUAAUAUUAGUAAUUAAUUUAUUGUAAAAAAAAAAAAGUACAAUAAAAACAGAUAUUGCCACAAAUUAAACAAAACUCAUUUGCAAUGAAGAGGGAUAAAUAAUUUGCCAGUAAAAAACUGAUUCUGUGUUAUUGUUGAUAAUUCUGCUUUAGCUACUAGCAAUAAAGCCACACAUUGGCAACAUAUUAAAACAAAGACCUGCUAAAUAUAGUUGAAUAAU